AUGUGUGAUAUAGUUGAAUCAGCAACAUACUCAAACUCUUUACCUUUACCUUCUUCCCAAAAUCCGUCAUAUUCAUCGCUAAUAUUAAAAAAAAAGAAUGUCACUUUAAUAUCAUUACCAGAAGAUAUUUUAUACAUGAAUCUCAAUACUACAUUAGUUUCGUCAUCGUCAAGGACAAUUUCGUAUGAGGACGAUUCAACAACUACAAAAUUAGUUGUACCAAAAAAUUCAUUAAAUCUAAAUCCAGCCCAACAAAUCCAACAAGAACAUCAGCAAUCACAGCGACAGCAACAACGUACUCAAUUACUCAAUCUAACAAAACUAUUCACAUCACAAUACUCUUCUACAAUAGAUGGAAUUUUUCAAGUCACUAAUUGUCCCGAUUCAAACUGUGAGACAUGUCAAAUUUGUUGUGCAAAUUGUAAAAUAAAUUACAAAUAUUGGGAUGAAGUUUGGAUAAAGUGUGGAUGGUGUAGGAAAAAACAUUUUUGUGGUGACUGUGUUACGAAAUUGCCUAGGAAAAAAUCUUUUAGAAAUAUGUCUUUUCAGUUCAUUAGAAUUAAACUGUGUCAGGUAUUUGAAUUACCUUGUUCUAUCUAG